UGCCAUAUUCCCAGUGUAGGCUCUAACACUUAAAGCUGCAACGGCAUCGCACAGAGAGCAGUUACUGUCCCACGUCUUUGGCUGUACAAAAAUACUUUUUUAUUAAGGUCUUCAGGACAGCAACAAUGAAGACACUAUCGUGUUUUUCACUUUAUUUGCCACUUUUCGCAGUUUCUUUGGUUUUCGGUGCCAUUUCCACUGUGAACGGUGACUACUGCGUAGUGAACAAGUGCAGUAACGGAGGAAUCUGUGUGACGGGUUCAGGCGAGCCCUUCAUCUGUAUCUGCCCCGAUGGGUUCACCGGAGACACCUGCAACGAGACGGAGACCGGGCCGUGCAACCCCAACCCGUGCACAAACGACGGCGUCUGCGUUGCGACGGGCCACACGCGGCGAGGGGACGUGUUCAGCGAGUACGUCUGCGAGUGCCAGCUGGGCUUCGAGGGCGUGCACUGCCAGAACAGAGUCAAAGGAGCAGACCUGAAUGUGAAAAAAGAUGUUAAUGAGUGCGCUGCCAAGCCUUGCAAAAAUGGUGGAUCCUGUCGUGACCUUGAAGGGGACUUUGUCUGCCAGUGCCCUUCCCCUUACGUGGGCAAACAGUGCCAUCUCCGCUGUGUGUCCCUGCUGGGCAUGGAGGGCGGGGGCAUCGCUGAGUCCCAGAUCUCCGCCUCCUCGGUCCACUACGGGAUCCUGGGCCUGCAGCGCUGGGGCCCCGAGCUGGCCCGCCUCAACCGCAAGGGCCUGGUGAACGCCUGGACCGCCGCCGCGCACGACAGGAACCCCUGGAUCGAGGUCAACAUGCAGAGGACGAUGCGGUUCACGGGCAUGGUGAGUCAGGGCGCCAGCCGGAUGGGGACGGCGGAGUACAUCAAGGCCUUCAAGGUGGCGUCCAGCCUGGAUGGACGUGUGUACACCGUGUACAAGCAGGGCGCCGACCGGAAGGACCAUGUGUUCAUGGGGAACGUGGACAACGACAGCACCAAGACCAAUCUGUUCGACCCGCCCGUCAUCGCUCGCUUCCUCCGCAUCAUCCCUGUGGUGUGCCGCAAGGCGUGCACCCUGCGUAUGGAGCUGGUGGGCUGUGAGCUCAAUGGUUGUUCCGAGUCGCUGGGGAUCCGGUCCCGGCUGGUGUCGGACCGCCAGAUCACGGCCUCCAGCGUGUUCCGGACCUGGGGCAUCGAGGCCUUCUCCUGGCAGCCGCACUACGCCCGGCUGGACAAGCAGGGCAAGACCAACGCCUGGGCCGCCGCCAGCAACAACCGCUCCGAGUGGCUGCAGGUGGACCUUGAGUCUCCCAAGAGGGUCACGGGCAUCAUCACCCAGGGAGCCAAGGACUUUGGCUCCGUGCAGUUCGUCACCGCCUUCAAGGUAUCCUACAGCAACGACGGCCAGUCCUGGACCACGGUCAAGGAUGAGACCGCCAAGACAGACAUGAUCUUCCAGGGCAACAGUGACAACAACGUCCACAAGAACAACGCCUUCGAGCCGCCCUUCUACGCACGCUUUGUGCGGGUGGUCCCGUGGGCGUGGCACGAGCGCAUCACUCUGCGCAUGGAGCUGCUGGGCUGCAAUGAGUAGUCGUCGUCGUCCCCCCCCCCCCCCCCCCCCACACACACACACACACAAUUAAGGUUGAGUUAUGGUUGACGUCGACGCAACGCAAUGGGGUUUACGGACCCAUUACGUCCUUGCCGACCCCACCGCAAGGUCCGGACGUGCGCCUCCCAAAAUUGUGACCUUGCGUCAGGGGACGAUUGAUUCGCUAUAGUAACCCCAACGCAGAACCAAAACAGGUUCACGACUGCGUCGAGGCGUCUGCGUGGUCAUUGCGUUGCGUCGACGUGGAACCAUAACUCUACCUACUUCUCCUCCGACCUGCCGUCUCUCAGCCCUAGAGGGCGGCAAACCCUCGAGUAGUUUUAAGUAGUCCUAUUGCUCCUCCAUGAGAUGUACCUGCUCAGCUAGUAGGGGAAAGAGUCCUUGCUUUAUUGGUGGCCUAUCGGCAUCGGUCGGGUCGAACCAGCUCAUUUCCAAUAAGCCAAUUUUAUUUUCAAUUGAAGUUUUUCUUCUGUCCAGUAUAUCAUAGAUAUUUAUGGGGGGUAUAUUUUCCGAUACCAGGGUCUGAGAUCAGCAGUGUGGGGCUGGUAGUUGUUUCAGUGCUAGAGCUGUGUCACAGAUGAUCUGCAGCUACACCCUUCGACACCCCAGGCUAGAAUGCACAUUAUCAAUCUUCAUGAUUUUGUUGGACGUUUUUUAUAGUAACAUUUAUAAAUGGAUAGAUUUAAAAAAAAGAAAUUGCUAGAUACCAUGCCACGUAGCUUCAAGGCAAAUGUACAGGAAAAGGUUGUCAAAAUUAUCAUAGUAGAAUUGUCACAAUUAAUAUUUGCUUGCUUGUGCUUUGUAAUGACCCCUAAAUGGGUAGAGGGGAAAAGGGGGUGGUAACACAUUACCUAAAAUGAUAACCCAAACGUAAAUAAGGCAGAAACCAGUUAAGGUGAAAAAUAAGUGUUUUACUUUAAAACAAGGAUUCAGAAGGGAAGCCAAAUAAAGUUUGGGAUGGCCCAGGCCAAAACAACAACCGGAAAUCCACAACCUAUCUAAAAGUAAAGACUGCUAAACUAAGAGUGAUCAUAAGAAAAUACAAUGCUAAACUACAUAUCCUGGAUAACGAAGAGAAAAUGUGGGAAAAUAACCCAGUGGGACCUAACAUGGUUACAUGUGUUAUAUUGUUACUGGUAUUUUAAGAGUUUCAGAGGGCAUUUGUUGUCAGGCACACAAUUAUCCUUUACAAUAGCUUUUACAACAUUUUUAUAGUCAAACAGCUAUAGUCAUUUAGAGUCCACAGUGAGGACAGCCUCAGGGUCAAAGCAAAGUACUACCCGCCAGGACAUGUUGGUCCUUCUGUUACCCUGAUGCCAUGAAGGCAAUCCAAAUCACUACAGCAUUAAACUCUAGUUUGACAAUUUCAAGUAAUUUUUCUAUAUUUUUUAGCCCUUUUUCUUGGAUACAGCAACAUGUUUUACAAAGCCAUUGUAUUGCUCUUCCCAACGAUUAUCCUUUGGUGUUUCGUUAAACUACUAUUAUUUCAUUGUAAGUAGGUAUUGUGUGCUUGGUAGCUAUAUUUAGUAUGAAAAACCCACUGUGGAGGUUAUGUAAAAAAGUAAUAACCCCUUUAUGUUUAAUGGCAUAUAAUUGCAGCAUUGUUUCAAAGUUUCUUUUUGCCUAAGAAAAUACCUUGUAAGGGCCAAACACCACUUCCAUUCAUAGUAGUUAUUGUAGCCUAUUUUCUCCUGUCAUUCUCGCCAUACACUAUAUAAUUAAAUUCAUAAAUCAUCAACAAUCAUUGUAUCAUAAUGAGCUACACAAUAGGGGAGGAGGUUUUGGAUGAGUUAUUUCUUUAUAUUCCUUCAUGUCUGGGCUAGCACACUUGUACAUGCUACUGAAACCUUUGUUGUUGUUGUUGUUGUCGUUGCAGAUUUCAAUUCAGUCACUCUGUGCUUUCAUAUUUGAACAUCCACCUGUUUUAACAACACUUUUCAAAUUUGAUGUUUGUGUUUAGGUGUUUGGUAAUAUGAUAAAACCAAAAAAAGUAUUUUGCAGAAAACAUGUUCAUUAGCUAUUAGGAGAACGAUGUAAAAACUUUAACGAAUGAGAAAUUAGACAGCUUGGGGUAAUGCCAGUGAUUCAAGUACAGUAUUAUCAUAUGAUGUACAUUUACAAACUUUAAUUAUUUUUACUAACUUGAUUUGUUUAAAUAAAGUAUAUUUUGCAGAAGGCAUAUCCUAUGCCAAUUAUUUAAAAAGCAUGUAAUCCAAAAGUGUGUCCAACCAAAUGCAGGUGUGGCCCUGCUGAUAAGCCACAUCGACACUUGAUCCUUCACGGUAGAGCUGGGAUUUGCCAUAGAAUCAAAUUCUAAUUCUUUAGUUAAAAUACUAACACUGGGAUUCAGGGCCUGUGCAAUAUCACAAUGCAUUGAAAAUGAAUGAAAGUUAAACUAAAUUUACUGCAAAAAUACAUGGGUAUGCACGGAAGCUGUCUGACAGUAGACUUGUGUCAAACACUGUACUGUAUUAGCUGUUGUUGCAGGCAUAAAGAUGUUGGUGGGUUAUGCAGCCCUGCAUGCAUCUAAUUGGUAAAUUGAACAGUUCAGGGGGUCUAGUUUAGGUUUAUUAGUGAGAAAGAUUUUUUGUUGUUGAUGAUGUUGUCCAUCUUAUGUUACUGUAAAUAAGUUAUUUUAUUCCUGUUCCAGUUUUCUAUGAUUGAUGAAAAGCUGUGUUUUUAUGCUUUCAUGAAGGUUUUUUUUGUGAUGUUCUCAGAAAUUAGACGUCAACAUCUCAUAUGGAAUUUGUUUGGUUUUUUUGUCUUCCAACGAAUACAUUACUAUAUUGAGUUUCCCUUACGUUUGGCCUUUGUACAUUAAAGAUAAUGAAUAAAGAAUUUAUUCCAACAGUAUAA